AGCCAUUUUGGCUCAAGCCUGCUCGGGCGCGCGCGCGCAGCGUGUGCUUGGGAGCGAUGGCGACGGGAGGGGACCCUCCGCGGUUCCCCCGCUCGCGCGGCGAGCGCAGCGAGGCUGCGCGGCGAGCCCGUGCCGCGGCCGAUGCGGCCGUGCGGCACGCCCGCGCGCGCGCCGGCGAGCUGGAGAAGGAGGUCGCGCGCCUCAGGGAGGUCAUCGCGGGCCUCACGGGUGGCGUGCCUGCUGCCGAGCCUGGCUCGUGGCAGGACAGGGAGGCUGCCGCUCGGCCCGCCCUGAUCCUGGCCUCUGGCGGCCGGCCCGUGCCAGGGGCCGUGAGAUUCCGCCGGAACACGGCCUUGCACGCGGCUCGUGCGCCUGCAGCGGGGUUUGCGGCGGCACCGCGGGCUGGCUUGGCCUGGGCGGCGGCGGGUCCGCGCCUUGGAGGCGUGCUCGGCCGGGGGGCGGCGGCCGCCGUCGUGUGCGAGGUCGAGAUCUGCGAGUGCGAGGUGCCCGCGCGGCCCUCCCCUCCGGCCCCGCCGCGACGUGAGCUGCCAGAGGCGGCCGACGCGAGGCGCACGCCGCUUAGCUCCGCGCUCUCGGAGCAGCUCGGCUUGCUGCAGGGCGACCUGGCGAAGCUGUCCGAGCGGAAGGGCGCGCUCGAGGAGGGCGCUGAGCUCACGGUCGAGCUGGAAGCGCUCCCGCAGCGGCUGUGCGCGCUGGAGGACACCGCCGAGCCCAAGGCCGUACUGGAGGCGCUCUCGGAGCAGCUUGGCUCGCUGGCGGGCGACGCGGCGACGGGGUCCGAGCGGCAGGGCGCGUUCGAGGAGUGCGCGGAGCCUAGGGGCGAGAUGCAGGAGCUCUCGCAGCGGCGUUGCGCGCUGGGGGAUUCUACCGAGGCCGAGGCCGUGAUGAAGGCGCUUUCGGAGCAGCUUGUCUCGCCGAAGGGAGACGUGGCGGCGUUGUCCGAGCGGCAGGGCGCGCUCGCGGAGGGGCGCCGAGCCCACGGUCGAGCUGCAGGACGACCUGGCGGCGCUGUCCGUUCGGCAGGGCGCGCUCGAGGAGGGCGCCGAGGCCAGGGGCGAGCUGGAAGUGCUCUCGCAGCGGCCGUGCGCGCAGGAGGCGACCUCCGAGCAGCUGGUCUUGCAGAAGGGCGACCUGGCGGCGCGGUCCGAGCGGCUGGGCGCGCUGGAGGAGGGCACCGAGCCCAAGGGCGAGCGGGAGGUGCUCUCGAAGCCGAUGAACGCGCGGGAGGCUCGGGGCGAGCAGAAGGAGGCGCAGAAGGCCUCCCGCCUAGCGUUCAGCGAGAGCUUGUUUUACUUCCUGGACGAUUUCUCGGUGGCGGCGGUGCUGUGCGUGGCCAUUGGGCCCAAGACGGGAGUUGAGGCACUCCUGAGCUCGGCCGAGGCCCGCUUUCUCGGCGUCAGCCCCAGCACUGCAGGCUGGCCAGAUGCCGAGGAGCGUGAGCGUAUCCUCGAAGGCCGCCUGCAGGUCGUCCAGAUGCCGAGGGGCGUAAGGGGCCCCCUCGAUUAUUGAGGCAAGCAGUUGCUUUCCGUUUCUGCUGCUUGCCUUGCGUGCGGACGCUAAUUCCGUUUGCUCCGUGCAUUCGCAUUUCUUGUAUUUGAAUGUGUACGUGAGCUCUUCUGUGCAGCUUCGCUGCUUCUGAUGCCUCUCGGCACUGCCCGCCCUCGUGGCCCUGGGGCCUAGGCGCCCCCGUUGGCCCUGGCGGGCGUCUGGCGCUCCGCGCCCCCCUGCGGAGGCCCCUUUCGGGCCCCCGGGGCUGGCCCUUGAGGCCCUGGGGCCAAUGGGCUCCGUGGGCCUCGGGCUUCUUUAGCCUUCAUAGGCCCCGCACGACACGACCGAGGAGGGCUUGUUGGGCGUGCUUGCGCGCCUCGGCCCCUGCUGCCUUCUUGAUUUCUUUGAAAUCGUGCGCCUCGCGCGUCUGGCGCUUCGCGCCCUCCCCUGCGGUGGCUCCUUAGGGGCCCCCAGGUUUGGCCCUUGAGGCCCUGGGGCCAACGGACGCCACAGGAGCACGGCAGACGCCACAGGAGCACGGCGGAACCCACAGGAGCACGGCAGACCGCGCGCGGGUACAACAUAAACGCGCCUUUUUGUUGUACCCCGAACGCCGCUGGCGUUUCCCCAACAGGAGCACGGCAGAUCUCACAGGCGCGCGGCAGACCCCAAAUGAGCACGGCCGACCACAGGAGAGCACGGCAGACCCCAAAGGAGCACGGCAGACCACAGGAGCACGGAAGACCGCACAGGAG